UUUUCGCGAAUUUAGUAUUGCGAUGUUUUAUUUUAUGGAAAUAACUGUUUUCAUAAAAUCUCUGUAGUUAUGUCGAAUAAAAAACAUUGUAUUAAUAGUAUAAAUUAAAACAAGUAUGUCGUUUGUAAACGAUCCAGUACUCAAUAUUAUUGUUGUUGGUUUUCACCAUAAAAGAGGAUGCCAGGUAGAGCAUUGCUAUCCAGAGUUGAUACCAGGUCACCCUAAUGAGCUGCCGCAGCCAUGGCGGUACUUGCCAGCUCUGGCUUUGCCAGAUGGCUCCCACAACUACUUGUCUGACACUAUAUUCUUUAAUUUACCUGGUUUGACAGACCCUGCUCAUACUGUGUACGGUAUAUCGUGUUUUCGUCAAAUUCCAGUUGAGCAAGUUGCUCAGAAAACCGAAGACAUGACCAGAAGUUCUGUGCAAAAAAGUGUGUGUGUAAUAUGUCGGUCACCUCUAUUUGGACGUUUAGCUGUGAAAAUGGAAUUAGUUGUCCGAGCCUGGUUCUUACAAGGGGACUUCUCACAAACAAAGUUAUUAGAAGAUGCAUUUAGGCAUCUUAACAGUUGUCCUGUACAGAUUGAUCAAGCUCUUGAAGGUCUAAGUGUUCAAAAAUUGAUAGAAAACUGGAAGCAUAAAGCCCUACUUCUGUUUAAGUUGUUAUUAUUGAGGCGUAAGAUACUUAUUUAUGGAUCACCUGCUGGCACCCUUUCUGCCACACUGCUUACACUUGUUUCUUUACUACCCCAAUGUCUAGAAUAUGGUUUGUCAAAGUCGGCCAAUGUUGUCUUAUCUCGUCCUCUUUCCCCAGUGCCUGUUGCUCCUCAGAAUGACGAAGAUAAUGACAAGGAUGAGCCUGACCUAAAUAUGUUAGAUCGAGAAUUAAUGAAUGGCAUAAGCAGCAUUGAGGAGGAACUAACCCUAAAAGAAAGUGGAAAUCUGUUAGAGGAGAAAGACAAAGUAAGUAGACAGAGUUUUGAUGAGUCAGUCCUGACUGAUGUUGUUGAUCGGCAAGAGUUUACAGCUAGCCGAGAGAAAUGUCACAGCGUCGGGGAGAAGUAUAAGGCACAGAAGAAUGUUGACACCCAGCAGAGUCCAACAAUGGCUAGAGAUAUGAGUGUUGAUGGCCUAUGUACGCUCACCAGUCAAAUAGAUCAAACAGAGUGUGGCUUUCCACUGCCCCUAUUUGAGGAUGGUUACAUUUGCUUGCCCUAUUUGUCUUUACAAUAUCUGGAUUUGUUGUCUGAUCCUGCCGUUAAGGGUUUCGUGGUGGGGGCCUCGAAUGUACUUUUUAAACAGAAGAGGCAGUUGUUUGAUGUUUUGGUGGAGCUCAAUGAAAUGAGGAUAGAAACUACAGAUUUGACAUUGAGAAGAUUACUAACACUGAGUACGGAAGAUCUGAGAUUUGCUGACCAUGUGGUAAGACAUGGAUCUACACAGGGAGACUCCUGGAUAAGGGAUCAAUUUGCUAGCUACUCUAUAUAUCUUCUGAGGACGUCACUCUUGCCAGAUGGUAGCAGGGAAAUAGAAUCAUAUAAUGCUCAGUUCAUGAGCAGUUUUAAAUCAACACCAGCUUAUGAAAAGUGGCUGCAGAACACAAACAAUGCUGACAUCGAGGCUUUUAUGAACCUUGUACCUAUGCAUCCUUUUUCUGGCCAACUCUCUGUUGCUGAUAUGAAGUUGAAGUUUGCACAUACAAUGUCAACGACGGAAGGCGGUCGUAAGGUGUCAGCUGCGGUGGCGAGUACGGGGCGUGCGGUGGCCAGCACGUCGCGGGCCGUCGGCGGAGCCCUGUCCCAAGCCCGAGGCGCCCUCUCCGGGUGGUGGAGCGCCCUGACCGCCCCCGCAGACGGGCCCGCCGAUAGCUCCGCCCCUGCGGAUAACUCUACCCCCACGGAUAGCUCCGCCCCUGCAGAUAGCUCCGCGUCCGCCCCCUCCGAUGAUAAGCGAGACGUAUCAGACGCCGAAGACGCCGUCGAUCUCGUUGACAACCGCACCUUAGCCGCAGAUUCAGACUCACCGGACAAACUCAUCGAGGAACAGGGCAGUGCAAUCAGCAAGAUCCGAGUCGUUUGAAGCGUGAUAUCUCGUAGUAUUCUAGGUACUGUGUAUGUGCAGUUUUAUAUUUAUUGUUCUUUUUAUAUUUUCUAAUAUUAUACUAUACUUUUAGUCUAAGUUGCAGUCAUUAAAUAGGUAAAGCUUAAUUUUAUAUAUUAUAAACAAAAUACAAAAUUAUUUUAGUAUACGCUCAUUAUGUAAAUACUGUUAAAUAAUAUUAUAUUAGUGAUAUUGUGUGACUUGGUUUUCAUUGCUAGUUUAUUAGUUUAAGGAAUUACUCAUAUUUAAAUAUUAAUGUAUUAGCCGUUGUUUAUUUGUGUGCUAGUCCGAAGUAUAGUUGGGCAUAUUUGUAUUUUUUCUACAGAUAGUGAAUUUUUACUCAGAACCGAGUGUUGAGUUUUCUAUUCUUUCAUUCACCUUCACGUUCUUCCAUAUAGGCUUAGAAGUAAAUAAUGUACGAAUUUAAAUUUAUAUAAGAGCCUUCGUAGUGGUAAAGUAGGCAGCGAAUACACUCGUUCACUGUUUGUGAUCUCAAAUAUUAUACUUAAAAAUUGUUGAUAAUAUAAUUUAUACUGAAAUCGA